UCUCACAUAAUUUGUCGGACAUAUUUGCCGUGAUAAUUGCAGAGAUAGAAAGAGAGAGAGAGAGGAGUAUUUUGAGUUUAGUUGUAGUAGGCAGGUAGGAAGUAACAGGAUUUGUGUUGGUAAAGCAACAAGCACUUUGACAAGGAGCAUGCGAGUAAGCGGCCUUCAUCGCAUAGCUUCUUACGUAAAAAUGUUUAUGCCUCAUUUUUCUCCCUAAUGUUGAAGUGUGACCAUGGAUAUUGCCCACAAGGAUUUCAAGAACAUCACACUUGAAAUAUGUGGUGUAUUAUUGAAGAGAAUGAUUUAUGCAUAGUUAGCAAUACCAUCUUUUUCUUUUUCUUUUCCUUUUUAUGUUGUCCUUUAAAGAGUCAACAAUACUCCCAAUUAUUUUAAGAACUGUUUCCGUAAAUGCAUUUUAAAAGGUGUAUCUUCGAAGUAGUAAUAGAACUUUUUUUUGGAAUAAAAUGAAAUAUUUCCAUACUCUGCGUAAUUUAAAAAGAAAGCAUUUUAAGAGAACUUGUACAAAGAAUAUUAAUCCUCCUUGUUGCAUAAAUUUCUAUCUUUAUGGUAUGUUUGUGCUUUGAUCUUUAUAUUUGAAAGUGAUGUUCCUUGGGCACCAUAGCUCGUCUUGUAUGCUUGGAAUCAUCACCAGCAUGGGUAUCCCCCAUUUAUCAACUUUGUUUAACCUCUUUCUUGUUUACCAUCGCCUACAAAUCACUCAUCUAGCUGCAAUGAAGAAAACCAGUUUCUAGGUCUGACUUGAUAUCUUCCUACGGACCUCACUAGCAAUGCCCCCAGGUCUUCCAGGAUAAUAUUAAAAUUUCCUUUUGCACCCUUUCUUCUUGGAACAUUCCUUUUCAGCACUGCCCAGUUUGGCCUUGGCACCUAAAUACCAUUCUCACAAGGACUUAGAUCCAUCUCCUUAAUGCCUUGUUCGUAUAAUAGUAUAGUACUCCAUGUAGAUUUAGGCCAUGGGGUUGUCAUUCUCUAUUACCUGGGUAAUUGAUGCUGCAGAGGAAUUUCAUUUUGAGGCUGUCCUCUAUUAAGUUCUGGAUGUUUGCGUGGCUGGGGAGGGUUUUAGCUGGAAUGGUGUGAAGUCCAAGCAAUGGGUGGGUGUGAGGGGGUCAAAGGUUGGAAGCUGAUUCACAAAAAGGUAAUGAUAUGAGGGUGGAUCAUUGAUUAAAAGAUCACUGUGCUGACUUGGGAACUCCCCAAGUAAGAUUGGAUCGGACUGGCAAGUCUGGAGACAAAACCAAGGACUUGCCCCGAGUAUCACCUGGCUUUGGUAUAUUUUCACAGAAUCAGUCUAGUUGUGUUCAACUCGGACUCGGACUAGGACUAGGAUGAUUCGGUCCAGGUCACUCGGGCUCAGAACGCUGGCAGGUUGAAGCCCACAUCCUGGUUUUCCAACACUGGGGAGGAUGGAUGGUCAUCAGGUUUUGAAGAGAAGGGAGCAAUGGAUGUUUAAUGGAUGGUCUCCUGGAAAAUUCUAAUGAGGCAUUGAAGCUGCAACAGAGGGUUCCAGAGAAAGCAAAGUGGCUGGAUCAAGGCCUAAGGCAGAUUUUUUGGAGAAGAAAGGUUCAAUGGAUGAACAAAAAAUGAGCAUGAGACAAAACUAGAUCAAAGUGCAACACAUCAAUUACACUCUCUACAACAAAGAGGGAGAAUGGAUCAGUCAGGGCAACAACAGCAACAUCAGCCGCAGCAACCAGUCAUGGGGGUGGUGAGUGGGGCUGCUCAAAUUGCAUAUGCUGCCCCUCCCUACCAACCUGCCAACAUGGUUGGCGCGCCUGGUGCUGCUCCUUCCCCUGUGGGCGCCGCCGGCCAGCCCCCCUCCUUCCCCACCUCCCCCGCCCAACUCAUGGCGCAACACCAACUCGCAUGCCAGCACCUUCAACACCACCACCAACAACAACAAGCCCAACAACUUCAAGCCUUUUGGGCGAACCAGAUCCAAGAAAUUGAGCAAACCACUGACUUCAAAAAUCACAGCCUUCCCUUAGCGCGCAUCAAAAAAAUCAUGAAGGCUGACGAGGACGUUCGUAUGAUAUCCGCUGAGGCCCCGGUCAUAUUUGCCAAGGCUUGCGAGAUGUUCAUCCUGGAGCUCACCCUUCGCUCUUGGAUCCACACUGAGGAGAACAAACGCCGAACCCUGCAAAAGAAUGACAUAGCAGCUGCUAUUACUCGCACGGACAUCUUCGAUUUCCUGGUCGAUAUAGUACCGAGAGAUGAGCUGAAGGAGGAGGGAGGGCUUGGAGUUGGGAGAGCAGGGCUGCCGGGUGGACCCAGUGAUGCAAUGGCCCCCUAUUACUAUGUGAGCCCACAGCAGGUGCCUCAAGUUGGUGGGGCACCCGGGAUGAUUGUGGGGAAGCCAGUGGUGGACCAGGCAGUGGCUGCAGCUUUGUAUGGUCCUCGUCCGCCAGUGGCAUAUGUGCCGUGGCAGCAGCCACAGGCACCGCAGCAGACACAGGGACAGACACAGCAACAACAGAUGCCUGAUAGUGGGUAAUGAAAUAAUGCAUUGUCUUUUUGUGCCGUUUUUUUUUUCCAGAACGAGUUAGUAGUAGUGGUACUUGUGCAGUUGAAGGUUCUGUUUAAAUGGUGUUGGAAGAGUGAAUUGUAUCGCCUGGUUGCUUUGUUGAUGGUGGUGGAUGGGAUGUGUUUGGUGGGUUUUGUGGAUUUUGGAGGCUAUUAUGUUGAUGAUGAAGCAUUUGCAGCGCGGGGGCUGAUCGGUGUUGUUUGCAUGUUGAAAGGUACAGUAGAUGAUGUGAAGAGACGUUAACUGGGUUUUAGAUUGGAAUGUUGGUUUGAUGUCCCAUUUUGUUGCAUCUUGAACUGAUAUGUUCUUUUUAUUGCUUUGUGUGGUUUUUGCACAUUGCGUCAUGCCUGAGAGUGCUUUGAGGUGUUGCUAAGAAGUUGUGUGUAGUUUAUGUAUUUUUUAAUCAUACUCUAGUUUCCAGGUUUCUGGUUUUCUGGUGUGGAACUGUGAAUGUCUACAUAUUCAAACAGGUGGAAAGUGGCCACUUUUGUAUGGGGCAUUUCUUAUUAUGAUAAAUGGUUGAUUCAAAGUA